AUGAGCUCGUAUUUUGUACACUCUUUAGCGAACGGUGGCUACCACCAUGGAACGGAGUUACAGGGGCAGGGCCGGUACCUCACGGAGGGGGCUCAGCACUACCAGGCCUCCACGCCGCCGAUCACUGUAUCGAACUAUAGCUAUAACUACAAUACACAAGUUGAUAGUAGUUUCUAUGCUAUGAAUAGAUCAUCAAACUUAAGCAAUCCGCCGAGGUUAAGUCAUACCCCUCAGACGUUACCGGAAACAACAAAUUCGGAAAGAUUUGUCCCAAGUCAAGGCGGCAUGGCCAACUGGCAUGGUGUGACCCCACCAAGGGGCGGCCAGGCAGCCACAGAAGUUAAGGGUAGUCAGAACUCACCUGGAAUUCAACAAGUAAGUCCCGGAAUCCAAUCACCCCACAACGAGCAUAUUUAUCCAUGGAUGAGACGAGUCCACUCAAGUACUGGUAAGUUUACGUAUAAUAUUGUCUCUGUUUUUACUCGUCCAUCUAUUAAUGGUUAUUGUUUACCGCCUCAUUACCUUUUACUGCAUAUAACCGAGAAAGGAUAUAUUUUCAUUGACAAAUUAAUUCUUUUCCAACUUAUUGCUUAG